UGAAGCUAAUAGCCUUCGUUUUAUCUGUAUUCAUUUGAUAUUUUCACUUCAUUCGAACGCCAUACUUUUCAAGAGCGCUUUGUAGAGCUACUUAAGAUAUGGGCAGUGAUUUUCACGGUUAAAACCGUUGACUGGGGGAAAAAAUUGCUGGUUAAAUGCGAUAUCUUUCAUUUGCGGCCGUUUUUAGCCAAGAGAGUUGUGGUUUAUCGCUUUGAAAUUCCUCAAAAGUAUGGAUACAUUCUUACAGAGGUGGCUCAUACCCCUCCUAUUAAUGAAAUAUUAUGGAAAUUGCAGUGAGAAAUCUCACUUUGACAGAACAGAAAUAGCCAACGCCACGUUCAUAUUGGAUAAUAUCCUAGAAGAAACUGAUUACGACAAAAACGCCAGACCCCGGGCAGGACAAAAGCCAGUUAUAGUGUAUCUCAGCAUGGCAAUACAAUCUUUUACGAACAUCAAGGAAUCAAAUAUGGAGUUCACAACAUCAAUGUUUUUGCGUCAAGAAUGGAAUGACAGAAGAUUAGCGCAUCAUAUGGACGGAAUGUUACCUGUGCAAGGCCAAGAUGUACAAAAAAUAUGGCGUCCAGACACUUACUUCACAAACAUGAACGACUAUAAGUUGUAUGAGGACAAUCAACUGGCUCUGGUAUCAAAAUUUGGAUAUGUCUACUAUAGUUCAAGGUUAUUUGUAGCGGCUUCCUGUCGAAUGUAUUUACAAAAGUUUCCAACGGAUGUUCAGAAAUGUAGCCUAAUCCUUGAAAGCUUUGCCUUCACCAGAGACAUGGUAGAAUAUCAAUGGCAGUACCCCAAACCAGUAAACAUCCUCAACAUGGAGCUAGCGGAGUUUGAUUUGACCAAGACGGAAUACACUAUCGACGAUGUAGAGUAUGUUGCAGGUAAAUACCGUGACAUGAUAGUAACUUUCACAUUCAGUCGUCGGAUCGGUUACUACCUCAUUAACUUCUAUGUUCCCUGCAUCAUCAUGGUCAUUAUGAGCUGGAUCGUGUUCUGGAUGGAUCGAGACAACAUCGGCGACCGAAUAGCACUCGGGAUCACAACCGUGCUCACGAUCGUAUUUUUACUAGGUUCCAGUAACAGUACCAUGCCCCGAGUCAGUUACCCGAAGGCGAUAGAUUGGUACAUGAUGACUUCGUUCAUCUUCGUGUUCAUGUCGCUGAUCAUGUGUCUGUUGAUCUUCCGCUUUGAUCGACGGGUAAACAAACAGCAGUGCCCGCCGAGGUCGGUCAGCGGUGAACCUCCAGCCGAGGUGAUCUCGAUGCAGAUGCCAGAAGAGCCAGACAUUCGAAGCCGUGUUUCGUACUUCGUGGCAGACUCUCAAGGAGCUGUGUAUCCCAUCGUUCGCAGCGUGUCUGGUCUCAAAAAGAGGACUCUUUUAACGCAACGCUUUCCCAAGAAGCUUUGCGGAGUGCCGAUAAAAGUCACCAGGGAUAACCUCGGAGUGGCGCUGAACAAUCUCUGCAGAUUUCUCUUUCCGUCCUCGUUUCUUUUGUUCAAUCUUGUGUAUUGGGUGGGCAUAGCCUAAGUAUGAUUGAAAUUAGACAAGGCAAAAAGCUUUUGGGUUUAUACCUUUGUCAGGCGACCUCGUGAUGGUCUUAAAAACUGAUUGCUUAGUUAACAGGUUGAGUUUGUUUUAUUUUUCGUGUCGUUAAAAUUCCUCCAGACUCUCUCAUGUGAAAACUUUCGGUUCUGUUUCCUGAAUGAAAAAGCUCAACCAUAAGAAUUGAAACAAGUUACCUCCAGUCAAGAGAAAAUAACUCUAGAUGUGAUGCAGACUUCUCGAAAACGUACUUUCGUUCGAAAUUAUCUAUAAACGUGAGUGAAAGUGACAUAUCCCGAGGCCAGGACCAGAAGCCUCCUUCCCUCUACCAUGAUUUUCUCUUGCCUUAAUAUAAGAACACAAACAGACUCAUCAUGACACCAAAAGGCAAGCCCGAAUAACCAAAUUUUGGAAACCACUAUGGCUCGCCUCGUAAUCUAGCAAGUUUAGGAAGAGCAAAUAAAAAAAUUUGCCAUCUAGACGAUGAUCUUUUAAAGAUAAUCUGCCUCUGGAACGAGGAUAAACAUCACAAGGUAAUUUGUACAAAAACUUGUUGGUCAACAUGUAUACUUCUUAGAAGCCACUUGUAGAUAAAUUUGACAUCUAGUCAUUCUGAACAAACUUUACACCGGGGAGAAAAAAAAAAUAGCAAAGUUUCCGUAUUUAUUUCUCAAGAUCUAAUCUUUAAUUCUCCCCUCUAGUUACUACACACUUAAUUGGCUACGAGAAUUUGGUUUAAGAUUAAGAUGACUCAGUCUACCUGAUAAGUUUGAGUAUUCUCAGUUGCUGUUUGCUGGACAACGUAUGAACAAUAUAGUGAGUUGUGUUAAUCAUUUCUGAGAGUUUAAGGGUCAAGUUGUAAGGGUGGGUUGUGGUUUUAUCUAAAAUAACACAAAAGCAAAUUUAACUUUUGAUCGUGGAAUUGUGCUAAACGCCUCUUAGGAAACUAGCCUCGUGGAAUGGAAUGAAGAACGGCUUAAUAGAGUCUUACGGAUAUCCUCACAAGAGAGAUGAUUGUUUAGCUACGCUACAGUCGCCUAUUGAUCUAAACAAUACAAGUCUCAGAAUCUAAACUUCUAACGCCGAAAAAAAAAAACGGGACAAAUUUGGAACUAAUAACACCGAAAAAAGAAAACUGUCUAGACUGCAUUGUAAAAAUCAAUUCAAAGCAUUCUUAAUUGUAAUAAAAAGGGUACAGAAGGUGAAAUUUCAGGGAUCUAGAAGAGGCAUUAUGUCUUUUAACUAGCUGUUUAUAGAGUCAGCGUUCAUAGCGCCAUUGAAUAGAAGCAAUAACUUUUUCUGUGAAGAGCAUUUUCAAUUGAGUGUUGAAAUCAGGCCUCCAUUUUGUUUGAUUUAUCUCGCUCUGUGAUUGGUCUAGAAAAUUUCGCGCCAUUCUCUUAAUCAGUCAGGUGCGAAACUCAAACCAAUCAGCGUUUCGUCUUCUACACUUUCCGGCGCUUCACAGAGUUUGCCUGGUUUUAACUUUGAGUUCUAAUUGGCUCCUUCUGGUAUUUUUCCUUCGUUCUCAUUGGCUCUUUUUGGUAUUUCUUUUGUUCUUAUUGGCUCCUUUUGGUACUUCCCUUUGUUCUCAUUGACUCCUUUUGAUAUUCUCCUGUUACUCUCAUUGGCCCCUUUUGGUAUUUUCCUUUUUUCUCACUGGUUCAUUUUGUUAUUUUCCUUUGUUCUCAUUGGCUCCUCUUGGUAUUUUCCGUUUCCCUCAAUGGUUCGUUUUGGUAUUUUUCUUUGUUCCCAUUGGGUCCUUUAGAUAUUUUUCUUUGUUCUCAUUGGCUGUUGUGAUUGGUUUUGAUUUUGCAAUACUCAAUCGAAAAGCGCUCAAUAAGCUUGGCUGCAUUUGUAGUUGAGGCAUAUUGCUUUUGUUGUUGAAAACAUCUGUCGAAAUGUAAAUUGUUUUGAAAUAAAUUAAUAAAUGGA